GGAGGGAUUUAAAGGGCUGGUUCCUUAGGUGGCGGCGGCGAGAUGCCCCUGCGCUGACCGCCCGGGCCCGCGCUCGCCAGCGUAGACGCGCCCGGGCUGACCUCGCGGCACCAUGUAAACGGCGCCCGCAGGCGGACGCUGCUUUCCGCGCCCGGGACCCUUCUGCCCAGCCACGGGCCCCGGGGCCCUCGAUGAGGACACGCCAUGCUGACCGGGGUGACCGAGGGCUUCCUCUGCUGCCUGCUGGGCUCCACCCCCAACGCUGUGGGGCCGCUGGAGAGCGUCGAGUCGGGCGACGGAUACACUUUCGUGGAGGUCAAACCAGGCCGCGUGCUGCGGGUGAAGCACGCGGGCCCUGCGCCCGCGCCUUCGCCCCCACCACCCCCAGAAACGGUGCAGGGCAACCGGGCAGGCCUGGUGCGCUGCCAGCGCCGAAUCACCGUGUACCGCAACGGGCGGCUGCUGGUGGAGAACCUGGGCCGCGCACCACGAGCCGACCUAGGGCAUGGGCAAGGCGACUGCGAGCCCCCGGCCGCGCUCGAGGUGGAGCUGGCCGAGCCCGCGGGGGCUGAGGGCCGCGCGCAUGCUGGGGGCUCGGGGAGCGGGCGUCGGCGUCGCGCACGGCGCCCCAAGAGGACCAUUCACAUUGACUGCGAGAAGCGCAUCACCAGCUGCAAGGGCGCACAGGCAGAUGUGGUGCUGUUCUUCAUCCACGGUGUGGGCGGCUCGCUGGCCAUCUGGAAGGAGCAGCUGGACUUCUUUGUGCGCCUGGGCUACGAGGUAGUGGCACCCGACCUGGCGGGCCACGGGGCCAGCUCGGCGCCGCAGGUGGCCGCCGCCUACACCUUCUACGCACUGGCUGAGGACAUGCGGGCCAUUUUUAAGCGCUACGCCAAGAAGCGCAAUGUGCUCAUUGGGCACUCCUACGGCGUCUCCUUCUGCACCUUCCUGGCCCACGAGUACCCGGACCUGGUGCACAAGGUGAUCAUGAUCAACGGUGGCGGCCCCACGGCUCUGGAGCCCAGCAUCUGCUCCAUCUUCAACAUGCCCGCGUGCGUCCUGCACUGCCUGUCACCCUGCCUGGCGUGGAGCUUCCUCAAGGCCGGCUUUGCACACCAAGGGGCCAAGGAGAAGCAGCUGCUGAAGGAGGGCAACGCGUUCAACGUGUCGUCUUUCGUGCUGCGGGCCAUGAUGAGCGGCCAGUACUGGCCUGAGGGUGAUGAAGUGUACCACGCCGAGUUGACCGUGCCCGUGCUGCUUGUCCACGGCAUGCACGACAAGUUCGUACCAGUGGAGGAAGACCAGCGAAUGGCAGAGAUUCUGCUGCUGGCCUUCCUGAAGCUCAUCGAUGAGGGCAGCCACAUGGUGAUGCUGGAGUGUCCUGAGACGGUGAACACGCUGCUGCACGAGUUCCUGCUCUGGGAGCCUGAGCCUUUGCCCAGGGCUCUGCCGGAUCCCCAGCCCGCACUGGCGGAGGAGAAGUAGCUGAGAGGACAACAGUGCUGAGCAGAACCGCAGCCAAUCAGGUCUGCGGACGGGCCCCUGAGCGGGGCAUUCACGGUGGUGGGCGGUCCGCACCUCGGUAGGCGGGGCCUGGUGGGAGACGCCCCCAGGCCGCGGGCCCGCGCUUGCGCGGAGGGACCCGGCCUACUUCCGGCUUGCGCGCUCGGUGCAUUCUGGUCGGUGGUGGACGCUGAGGUUGUACAGAGGCCCCACCGCGCGCCCUCCCACCGCUCUGUCUUCCGUGUCGCCUGUGCUUGCCCUGGGGCUCUCCUCCUUCCCCUCGGAAGGGGGUUCGGUUCUGUUGCCCGAGACCCGCACCUUUGCCCAACUCCUCAGCGCUGGGAGCUAUUGUUGCCCAAGGGGGGAGGGACUGGGGCGGGGCUGACUUCCGAACUGCACAUCUUUACUGAAACUCAAUAAACAUUAAGUGACAAUCCGA